GAAGAGGGCCGUUGGUGAUUAGCUUUGAUGAAGCAAGGAAUUACCAAAAAUUGCAGGCUUUCCUUGUAUGAUUAGCUCUGAUCUCGUCCAACAAUAGCUAACCCUAGCUCCGUCCUCGUCACGUAUUAUGCAACUAACUAUCGCGCCUGAGGUAGCCAUGAUCAACGAGAAGGAAGAGGACCCCGUCGAGUUUGUGCUUCCCUGUCCAAGCGAGCUACCUAAGCUCGAGGAAGAAUCACCACCCGUCAUUGAUCCGUCUACCUUUAUGGACCGGAUCGCCGCGGUACAACCACCAUCAUCACCAUUCAUCCUUUGCGCCGCUGUACAAGAGGAGGUAGCGACAUCCUUGGCCGCUCAACCAUCAACCGGGGAGUUAGCCCUAGCCCCAACGAUCUCUACCUCAUUGGAACCUGUCGCCGGUGAGGAGUUAUCCCUAGCUUCAAUGCCAUCGUUAGCAGCAACGACCACCAUCAAUUCUGUCGCUGCAGCUGUUGUGCGAACUGCCGCUGCACCAGCCAUCAUCCCGGUCAUUGUUUAUAACGAAGGACGCUUGGGAAAGACUGCUGCCAAGUUUGGUCACAAGCUAAGCGAGCAUCUGUAUCAAAGAAGGAUGAUGAGACGCCGCGUUAUGAACUGGAGUUAUCGGAAGAAGCAGCCAUGACUACGGAGUGACAAGAGGAUUGCCGCAGGAGGAGUUGGUAAGCACCCUCGUGUUAAUGCCAUGAAUUUCGUCGCCGCGGGUUCUGUAAGAAUUCUUGUUCCUUAUUUCUCAUGGAAGUUCAUGAAAAAAGCAUCUAGAAUUGC